AUGACUCUGCCAACAACCAAUCCAGCCCUGACGGUGCUGGGAAAACAGACAUUGAAGCACAGCUAUGUGGUAUCUCCCCAUGUGCCUGUGAAUUUGAUGGGCAGGGAUCUGCUCAUUAAACUGGGGGCCACUAUCAUGUGUUCAGCAGGUGGACUAACUGUGACACUUCAAGGAGGAAAAGAAUUCCUUUGCCUGGGGACUUCUUCAAAGAACCAGUAUUUGCUGCAGGACUGUGAACCAUCUACAGCAGAUAUAUACUGGGGUCGGUUGGUGGAAGAAGACAUUCUGAGACAAUAUCAGUUGUGGAAACCUUGGAUUAUGGCCUUGGCAGUCUAUACUCCCCCCCGCGAUCCAUUCCAUGUGACACUCUUCUAUGAUAGGAACGAGGAGGAAAUUUAUAGGGACCUGUUCCAGUCUGACCUUGAGGGUCAGACCUGGACUGUGUGCUCUCAAAACAUCUAUGUUGGUCCUGAAGGCGUCGCUGCAGCAGUAAAAUUAACCGAUGAGCAACGGCCUUGGUUCAAAAUGGGACCUGAUUCAGUGCCCCACGUUACAUUGGCGGUCCAUGAGGGUCAUCAGGCGAAAGAGCUGGGAACAAUGGUCAAGAGAGCCCUUGAGGAACCUGGCUGGCAAGCUACUCAGAUUCCAGAUGUUUCGUACUCGCCAAAAUGCAAAACUUACCGUAUCACUUGUCAAUCAGAGGACACUGUGAUUUUGGAGCAUCAACAAAUCUCAAGAAUCCAUGGAAGAGAAAGAAUAGACCAUGCGGAUGCAGUUGCCGCACUUGCGACUCUUCCUGACACCUUGUGGUCUUCAGGGCCUACUGAUGUGGGCCUGGCAACUUGUUCGCCUGUUUUGUUCCAGCUGAAGUCGCAAAUGCCAAUUUGGAAACCGCAGUACAGGCAAAAAAGGGAAGCUGAGGAAGGAAUUGCAGAAACUAUUGAAGGGCUAUUGAAAGUAGGGGUGCUUGAGCCCUCUCAGUCCUACUGGAACACUCCUAUUUUGCCAGUAGAGAAGCACGGGACAGGAAAGUACAGAAUGGCACAUGACUUAAGAGCUAUUAAUGCCAUUUUGCGUACUGACACAGUACCUGUCCCAAAUCCAUACACAGCACUGACGGCAUUAACACCAGACCAGAAGUGGUUUACAUGUAUUGAUCUAGCGAAUGCGUUUUUCUGUCUCCCGUUACAUGAGUCUCUGAGGGACGCUUUUUCAUUCACAUAUAGGGGGCAACAAUACAGAUACACACGGUUGCCACAAGGCUUUGCACUCUCCCCUGGCAUUUUCAACCAAGUGUUGAAAGAAGCUUUAGCGCCAUGCCACCUACCAGAGGGAUGUUCACUGGUGCAGUAUGUUGAUGAUUUGCUCAUUGCGGCUCCGUCGGCGUCGGCAUGUACAGCAGCCUCACUCACCAUACUGAAGAGACUCGCGGAGUGCGGGUUCAAAGUCAGUAAAGACAAGUUACAGUUGGUCCGACCAGAAGAAAUGGAGGAACUUGAGCAGGCCUUGGGAGAUCCAGAGGAGGUGAGUAUCAUAAAAUGUAAAGGUCACUCCUCAGGGACAGGCAUGGUGGCCAGAGGAAAUCAGGAAGCUGAUCGAGCAGCGAAAGAGGCAGCAGGCUACAAAGCACUACGACAGAUGGUGCAAAUAACUGUGGAAGAAGAACAAGGAGUCAACAUGUUAGAGGAAGCCAGGAAGGCUCAAGAGGAGGCGGCCCCAGAAGAGAAGGGGAUCUGGAAGAGUCGAGGAGCCUGGGAAGAAGGAGGUGUGGCCCAGAUGGGAAGACAUCUGUGCCAUUGGUGGCAUCCCUUUUUGAGGGAUAUGAUUAAGGAAAAAGCCAGGACGUGUUUGAUCUGUGGGAGGAACAAUCCAAAGCCAGUGAUCAAACCAGAGGCAGGUAAGUUCCCCAUUCCAGAAAGACCAGGGGAAGAGAUUGUCAUUGAUUUCACUGACAUGAUCGAUGUGGGACCAGGAGGAGUUCGAUAUCUACUGGUAAGUGUGGAUGCUUUGACAGGAUGGCCAGAAGCAUGGCCAACAAAGAGGGAGGAUGCAAAAAGUGUGAUUAAGUGUUUAAUCAAUCAUUACAUUCCCCGGCAUGGUUUCCCUAAGAGAAUUAGGUCAGACAAUGGGACUCAUUUCAAAAAUAAAGAUUUGGCAGAAGUAGAGCAGAAGCUGGGGUUACAACAUAGAUUUGGCACUGUAUAUCAUCCCCAGUCGCAGGGAAAGGUAGAAAGAAUGAACCUAAACCUGAAGAAUAAGAUUGCUAAAAUUUCUGCUCAGACGGGGCUAAAUUGGGUGGCAGCCCUGCCCAUUGCACUGAUGAUAAUAAGACGUUGUGUUAACCAAUCCACAGGUUUCACACCAUAUGAGCUGUUGACAGGACGACAGUUUCCAGGUCCUUGGACAACAGUCCCGGCGGAAGAAAGUAUAAAGAGUAACAGAAAACAUAUUGAAUGUUGGAAAGAAUUAAAAGCUCUUGUGUCUAGUUUCAAACAACAGGUUGGAGAGGGGGUGAAAGCAGAGGACCAAUCCGUCCCCGACGCCAAGGCGGUGUGGCUGAAGGUCAUUAAGCGGAAGUGGCGAGACCCGAGGUGGACUGGACCAUUCGAAGUGAUUGCCCGUACCACCAGUGCCGUCCGUUUAAAGGGCAAAGGGGAGACCUGGUUUCAUUGGUCUCAGUGUGCAGUCGUGGACGAGAGCCUGCUGGAGCUAAGCUCCACCCCAACAAACACAGGGGGGAACAUAGAGGCAGAAUAA